AUGUCAGACUCUCAUCGGGACCAUGUCAGACUCUCAUCGGGACCAUGUCAGACUCUCAUCGGGACCAUGUCAGACUCUCAUCGGGACCAUGUCAGACUCUCAUCGGGACCAUGUCAGACUCUCAUCGGGACCAUGUCAGACUCUCAUCGGGACCAUGUCAGACUCUCAUCGGGACCAUGUCAGACUCUCAUCGGGACCAUGUCAGACUCUCAUCGGGACCAUGUCAGACUCUCAUCGGGACCAUGUCAGACUCUCAUCGGGACCAUGUCAGACUCUCAUCGGGACCAUGUCAGACUCAUCGGGACCAUGUCAGACUCAUCGGGACCAUGUCAGACUCUCAUCGGGACCAUGUCAGACUCUCAUCGGGACCAUGUCAGACUCUCAUCGGGACCAUGUCAGACUCUCAUCGGGACCAUGUCAGACUCAUCGGGACCAUGUCAGACUCAUCGGGACCAUGUCAGACUCAUCGGGACCAUGUCAGACUCAUCGGGACCAUGUCAGACUCAUCGGGACCAUGUCAGACUCAUCGGGACCAUGUCAGACUCAUCGGGACCAUGUCAGACUCAUCGGGACCAUGUCAGACUCAUCGGGACCAUGUCAGACUCAUCGGGACCAUGUCAGACUCAUCGGGACCAUGUCAGACUCAUCGGGACCAUGUCAGACUCAUCGGGACCAUGUCAGACUCAUCGGGACCAUGUCAGACUCAUCGGGACCAUGUCAGACUCAUCGGGACCAUGUCAGACUCAUCGGGACCAUGUCAGACUCAUCGGGACCAUGUCAGACUCAUCGGGACCAUGUCAGACUCAUCGGGACCAUGUCAGACUCAUCGGGACAAUGUCAGACUCAUCGGGACCAUGUCAGACUCAUCGGGACCAUGUCAGACUCAUCGGGACCAUGUCAGACUCAUCGGGACCAUGUCAGACUCAUCGGGACCAUGUCAGACUCAUCAGGACCAUGUCAGACUCUCAUGUCAGACUCAUCGGGACCAUGUCAGACUCAUCGGGACCAUGUCAGACUCAUCGGGACCAUGUCAGACUCAUCGGGACCAUGUCAGACUCAUCGGGACCAUGUCAGACUCAUCGGGACCAUGUCAGACUCAUCGGGACCAUGUCAGACUCAUCGGGACCAUGUCAGACUCAUCGGGACCAUGUCAGACUCAUCGGGACCAUGUCAGACUCAUCGGGACCAUGUCAGACUCAUCGGGACCAUGUCAGACUCAUCGGGACCAUGUCAGACUCAUCGGGACCAUGUCAGACUCAUCGGGACCAUGUCAGACUCAUCGGGACCAUGUCAGACUCAUCGGGACCAUGUCAGACUCAUCGGGACCAUGUCAGAGAAACUAAUGAGCAAUGA